AUGGAGAAGCAAAGCUCCGGCCUCAUCACCAAGGUCAAAUUGCUCUGCAGCUACGGCGGCAGAAUCCAAUUCCGGCCGACCGACCGCCAGCUAUCGUACGCCGGUGGGGACACGAAGAUCCUGGCCGUCGAUCGCGGCGUAAAAUUCUCCGAGAUGGCCGCCAAAUUGAAUUCCCUCUGCGAAAAAUCGGAGGUCUCGAUCAAGUACCAGCUUCCCGGAGAGGAUCUGGACGCCCUUGUCUCGCUAAUCGACGACGAGGAUGUGGAGCACAUGAUGGUGGAGUACGACCGCUUGCAGAGGAUCUCGCCCAAGCCUGUCCGGCUUCGGUUAUUCCUUUUCGAUCCGGCGAAAUCAGGGGCGGGCAAGGACUCUGUUCCGGUCACGCCUUCGAAUCCAGACUAUCUGUUUGGGUUCGAUAAGGAGUAUGAACCCAGCGUCGAGCCGCCUCUGGAUCUGCUCCAGAUUCCGGGUAUGGUUCUGCCCGAUAAUAACGGGUCGGUUCGGGUUGAGGGCAAAAUUGGGAAUAUGGUGAGCCAGGUGUCCGGCGUGGCUAACAAUGAGAGCGUGGGCGGGGCGACGGCGGCUCCUUGGGCGGUUUACCGGGUGCCGGCGGUGGUUAACGGAGGAAUUUGCCAUGCCGCGCCUUAUGCGUACGGGAUUGUGCCGGAGAUGGUUAAUGGCAACCGGGAACGGCCGGUGUAUAAUUUUAUUCCGAUUAUGGCCCCGGCGAUGCCGGAGCAGAUGAUGAUGGGCGCGUGCGUUGUUGAACCCUACUCCUGGGAGGACUGGGUGCGGCCGGCUGCUGGUCACACGCAGGCGGUUAGACGCGAGUUCCUCGAGGCGGUGCACGUGCGCGACAAGGCAAACGAGCGUGCACGAACCUCGGGCGGUGGCGUGCGGCUGCAACAGACGGGUGGCAUGCGUCUGGUGACGUGCGGCUACAUGUGGCUGGGUGUUGGGCAGCUUUCGGCGACGGCGUACGGCCGUGGCGAUUUUCGAAGGCUGUCGGCAGCGGCAGACGGCGGCGGUCGAGGGUGGUGGAUAGCCGGAAAAAUUAGAUAUGCAAGGAAGACCUCAAAAUUGACUAUCACAAAGUCGCAUGUUCUUGGGAAGUGGAAUAGUGGUCGUCCCGGGAGAGUAGUCAUAGCUUAUUGCCGCUCUGUUUUCAUUGGCGAGCUCGAACAAUUUUUUAGUAACGAUGAAUUUGAGGAGAGGUUCAACUUUCUUCAAAAGUGGUACCAAGUUUUUAGCUGGAUGCUAGGCAAACCAGGUUUGCAGCAUUGCGCUCAAACAAAUUUCCUCACCUAUCCUGUUGCCAUUUGGGAUGACGUCUUCAAGUCAAACGCUUUUAGCGUUGCUUAUCAGCAUUUCGGUGACCCACGUUGGGCAGACUUGCGUUUCAUGUUCGAGGAGGUGUUUUUGCCAAACCCAAGAUCUGAAGUUGUUCAUGACCGCAACUCUACGAGCGAAGCUUUUUUUGCUCUCCCUGCUGCACGAACACAUGUCGUUUCAGAUAAUUCCUAUUACAAUGCUUUACAAACGCUUUGUAGUGGCAACUACGCUACUCCCCAACACGGUGGCCCGCACGAUGCCUCAUCCGAAAGCUUCGUUAACACGCAUGCCUAUGUCUUAAUUAAUAGGAGGGGCAGUCGAACCCCAUUGCGCAUCCCACGUCCUCCGCACAAGCCAGACCCGGCUUCAUGCAAGGAUUCCACUAGCGACCCUCCUGUUUGA